UCUCGAUUUCAUUCUACAUUCUCCGUUUAAUCUCCGUCGUUCCUGCGUUCCUUAAUAUCGCGAAAGCCGCGGACGAGGUGGGCGUGAAAAAAGCGAAAGCCCGAGAGCUUUUCGCAAAUAUCGCGAAUUUUUGUCGAGAAUUACGAGUCCUUUCAGGCGGGACUAGCGAACUCGCGAAAGAGCGGGGUUUUCGAGGGAAGCUAAAGCCGAUCAUAUAUGCGUUACGUUAGGAAAACGAGCAAAAUCAUUCAGUUACAAUUUCGCACUUUCCUAUUGGAAAUUGGCACGCGUGAUUAAGCGCGAUCAGACGUUAGAAUUCUCCAUACAAAUCCUUUCGGGUGAUCCGUUCCACGUCUUGAAAGAAGCGAUCGAGGGAAAAUGCGGCCGCAUCUUCUCGUCCUGUUCCUCUUCCUAUCAGCGUCGUCCGCAGAGCAACGGCGCGUAAAAAGCAACGAAGAAAAAUGUCAUGAGGAUCAUCCCACCCUGCUCCACUAUUUCUCAUGGGCGGAUUACACAGUGCUCGCCAUCAUGCUGCUGGUUUCGUGCCUGAUUGGCACCUUCUACGGCUUCUUCUCGAAAAAGCAGGAGACCAGCCAGGAUUUUCUGUUGGGUGGCUCCAGCAUGGGCACUUUCCCCACGGCAAUGUCGCUGGCCGCCAGCUUCAUCACGGCCAUUGAACUUUUGGGAAAUCCUGCGGAGAUGUAUGGACAGGGUACUCAAUUCUGGAUGACUUGCCUCUCUUUCAUACUCGUGGUACCGAUCACCUCGUGUCUGUACCUGCCGGUGUUCAUGAAAUUAAGGCUGACGUCGAGCUACGAAUACCUACAUCUGCGCUUCGACCAGCGCUGCCGAUUGCUCACGAGUGUAUUGUAUAUGCUGCAAAUGGUGUUGUACACGUCGGUAGCUGUGUACGCACCCGCAUUAGCGUUAAGUCACGUCACGGGCCUGAAUACUUACAUAGCCGUCACUCUAGUCUACGUUGUCUGCAUUUUCUACGCCUCACAGGGUGGUAUGAAAGCCGUGAUAAUGACCGAUACCUUCCAAGCCGCUGUCCUUAUCGGCUCGCUGUUCCUCAUCUUGGGCUACGGGCUGUUCUGGGCGGGCGGAAUUGCGCACGUUUGGGAGGAAAACGCGAAAUCCGGCCGAAUAGAAUUUUUCAAUAUGGAUCCUAGUCCUACGGUGCGGCACAGCUUUUGGAGUGUUGCGAUCGGUGGUACUUUUUACUGGGCCACCAUGUUCUGCAGCAACCAGGCGUCCGUCCAAAAGUAUCUCAGUGUCGAAAGCAUCUCGCAAGUAAGGAUAGCGUUGUGGGUGUCUUCGUUCGGCAUGAUUCUAAUUUAUAGUGUUAACUUUUUGACUGGAAUGGUGCUGUACAGCGUUUACAAAGACUGCGAUCCUUUGACAGCCGGAUAUAUAGAUGGCCAGGAUCAAAUACUUCCGCUGUACGUGAUGAAUUUCUUGGGAGGCCUUCGUGGAAUGCCCGGAUUCUUUGUAGCUGGGAUCUUCGCCGCGUCUCUCGGAACUGUGGCAAGUGCUCUGAACUCAUUGGCGGCGAUAACCUGCGAGGAUAUUCUUCGCGGGCUUUUCCAGAUGGAUUUGCCAGUGAGUAAAGGCGCCGUUUACGCCAGGUGGAUCAGCAUACUUUUUGGAACUCUCAGUUUCGCGCUGAUCUUCGUCGUCGAGCGUCUCGGUAGUGUUUUACAGGUUGCGCUGUCUUUCAAUGGCAUGGUUGGCGGGGUGACUCUAGGAUUAUUCUCCUUGGGCAUGUUUUUGCCGUGGGCUAAUGCUAAAGGAGCAAUAGUAGGUGCCAUUACGAGUUUGAUAGUCGUGCUGUGGAUCGGAUUAGGCGCACAAGUUGCUGCUGUAAACGGACAGAUUCAAUUGGAUAGCAAGCCCAUAUCGAUUGCAGGUUGCCCUUGCAUAAAUGAGACCACAAUCGUGCUCAAUCAAUUCGAGCACCACUCCGAUAAUGAAGUUUUGUCUAUAUACAAGACCAGUUACCUGUGGUAUAGCGCGAUCGGUUGCAUGUUGACCAUGCUAGUGGGCCUGGCGGUGAGCUUUGCGACGGGCGCGCAGAAUCCCGCCGACGUCGAUCAGGAUUUUCUAAGUCCGCCGAUCGCAGCCAUGUUCCGCAUACAGACGAAACCUCGCGCCUCCACGAAUGUCCAGGGUAUCGCGAAUUUCGGCCUCGAGCUGGAGGACGAGAAGCCGCGGCAAACGGACGUUUGCAAGAGCUCGAAAUGAUCCUCUCGCGAGAGAUCGUCAAUGAAAAUCAUACGUUCGAGCCGGGGGAAUGUAGACAGAUACCGAGCCCGCGAGAGAGUAGUUUAGUUCAGACAACGUUUCAUCGAAUGAUUUAUCAGAUAGUCAAAGGCGUGAGUUACCUGGCUCUCCAGCCUCGACAGUGAGGUGUAAAAUCUAUUUCUAGACGGUGCCGAAGUUUAAUAAACGUUAUAGAUAUUUAGAGAUCGAUGGUUCUAAUCGUUCAGAUUUUUCGGACUUAUGGGUCGUUUUGGACUUGGAUAGAAAGAAUUGUAAAUAUUAAAUUUCACAAUUUUUUUGUUAGUAUUAAUUUCAAAAGACAAUCAAAUAACUGUUGUUCGAGACACACUCAGCGUUCUUACUCGUGGGCUCGUUGAGAAUAAACCUAGAGUUGCAAAAUACCGUAUCGUACCACGAGAAUUAAUUGAAUACAAAAGUAGUUUAAAUACAAAAGUAGUUUAAGAGAA